AUGCAGCGCAACAUCUCACACAACCAAGGCCCCGGAGUACUACACAACCAAGGCCCCGAGUACUACACCACGGCUCGUACUACUACUAGCAAGGCCCCCGAGUACUACACCACAACGUACGCAGCUCCUUAUAAUAGAGGGUCCCCCCCAAGUACUACACCACGAAGGCUGCUGAAUACUACACUGGAAGCCCAGAAAUACUAUUCAGCUCAAAGCUACACAACCACAGCUGCCUACUACACCACUGAGGCUGCCAAGUAUUACGUUGCCCCCAACUUACUACAGCCAGGCUGCACCGUCUUAUUACUCAAGAGCCGACUUACUACACCGAGGCUCCGCAAUAUUACGCUGCUCAAGGCUAUUACGAAACCGUGGCGCCUGUCUACUACACCCGAAGCACCAAAGUAUUAUUCUGGCCCGAGUUAUUAUACCACAGCUGCCCCUUCGUACUACGAACCUGUCUACUACCAAGCCCCAGGUACUACAGCGCUCCCAGCUACUACGAGACUGAGGCUCCUGCCUACUACACAAAGGCAUCCGAAUACUACACCAAAGCGCCCAAGUAUUAUGCUGCUCCAAGCUACACCACGACAGCUGCCUCUUACUACACUACUGAAGCUGCCGUGUUACGUAGCCCCGACUUACUACUCACAGGCUGCUCCUUCCUACUGUGCAGAGCCGACUUACUACACUGAGGCUCCUCGAUACUACGCUGCUCCAGAGUACUACACAGAAGCUCAGAAAUACUACUCUCCUCCGACUUAUUACAGAGAAGCCCCAGUACUACGCCACCAAGGCACCUAG